AUGAGGCAUCCGCGAGAUUCUGAAGCUUGGAAGACAUUUGAUUUACUUCAUGAUAGGUUUGCCGAAGAUCCUCGAAAUGUACGUCUUGGUCUUGCAGCUGAUGGAUUCAACCCCUUUGGAGCUAUGUGUACAAACUAUAGCGUUUGGCCAGUGGUGCUUAUUCCAUACAAUCGGCCUCCAUGGGAGUGCAUGAAGCCAACAUCACUUAUCUUGUCAAUGAUUAUUCCUGGAGAGAAAAUGCCGGGGAACAACAUAGACGUAUACUUACAACCUCUUAUUAAAGAGUUAAAAGAGUUGUGGUAUGAUGGUGUUCAAACAUUAGAUAGGUUCAGGAAUGAAAUGUUUACAUUGCGAGCAGCAUUAAUGUGGAUAAUUAAUGAUUUUCCAGGCCUUGGUAACUUAUCUGGGUGGAAUGUACACAGUAAAUAUGCUUGUCCUACAUGUAACUUCAGCACUGAUUCAUAUAGAUUAAAGCAUGGUGGAAAAUGGUGUUUUUUGGGGCAUCGCCGUUUCUUAGAAACGGGUCAUAAGUUUAGGCUAAGUCGUGCAAAAUUUAAUGGAAAAGUUGAGUUGAGGGAUCCCCCAGCAGUACUAACAGGAUCAGAAAUAUUAGAACAACUUGAAGGAAUCAAUGUUUCAUUUGGGAAAGAACUACAGGAAAGUAAAGUUAAGAGGAUUCGACGAAAAGUUGUUGAAGAAGAUGAUGAAUCGGGGAUGUGGAGGAAGAAAAGCAUAUUUUUUGAUCUUUCUUAUUGGGAGUCUAACUUAUUGCGCCAUAAUCUAGAUGUUAUGCACAUUGAAAAGAAUGUUUGCGACAAUGUAUUAUACACUUUUCUCAAUGAGACUGGAAGGUCAAAGGAUAAUCUCAAAGCUCGUAAGGAUCUUAAAGAAAUGGGUAUAAGGAAAGAUUUAUGGCCAGAUGAAAAUGGGAGAUAUCAUCCAUCUUUGUUCACAAUGUCAAAUUCCAUGAAAGAUAUAUUCUUGCGUACUAUAAAGAAUAUUAGAGUACCAGAUGGUCUCUCGAGUAAUAUUUCACGGUGUGUUGACCUGAAGCAAAGAAAGCUUUCUGGAUUGAAGAGCCAUGAUUGCCACGUUCUUAUGCAGCAACUAUUACCCAUUGCCAUACGUAAUGUGCUGCCAGAUAAAGUUAUUGCAGUGCUAAUAGAGUUGUCUUCAUUCUUUCAGCAGUUGUGCUCUAAAAGCUUAAGUCUUACAGAACUUGAGAAGCUCCAACCUCGAAUUAUCCUUACCCUUUGUCAUUUAGAAAUGUUGUUCCCUCCUUCUUUCUUUACAAUCAUGGUUCAUUUAACUUGUCAUCUAGUUGAUGAAGCAAAACUCGGAGGACCAGUACACUAUAGGUGGAUGUAUCCUAUUGAGAGGUAUUUAGGUCAUUUGAAGUCCUAUGUGCGAAACAAAGCUAAAUCAGAAGGUUCUAUAGCUGAGGGAUACGUGGCUGAAGAAGCUCUUACAUUUUGCUCUCGAUACUUAGAAGGGAUUGAGACAAGAUUUAAUAGGCCACCACGUGUUGAUGAUCAUCCGGAUGAUAAUUACAGUACACAUGUGGAUUCCCUUUUUCCACAAAUGGGGAACUCAAAGGGAGCUUUCACAGUAUUUGAGUUGUCACCUAUGGAAAAAAAACAAGCACAUCGAUAUGUGGUUUUAAAUUGUCCAUAUGUCAAACCGUUCAUUGAUGACUUCAAAGAUUUUGUACGAAGACGAUCUAAGGGUAGAAGGCCUUCAAAUGUAGAGAUAGAAAAAAGAGUCAAUAAAGAUUUUGUUACUUGGUUUCCUGCGCAGCUUAUGAACCCAGAUGUUAUGAAUACUGUGCAUGAGGAUUUGAGAUACUUAGCAAGGGGUCCAUCACGAUAUGCCAAGAGGUUUUCUACAUUUAGUAUUAAUGGGUUCUCCUUUCGAACUACCAAUCAAGACAAAGGGUUAAAGACCCAGAAUAGUGGAGUUUUUUUAAUGUCUUCAACUCCUUGUGUUGCUAGCGCUAGUGAUGCUGAUGUUAGGAAUGCUGAUUUGUCAUAUUCUGGCAAACUAGAAGAUAUUAUAGAACUAAACUACAAUGGCCGAUUUCGGGUUACUUUAUUCAAAUGUAAAUGGGCUGACACCACUAGAGAACGGGGCUGUAGAAAGGAUAAUUGGGGUUUUACUUCUGUUAAUUUUUCACGAGUAAUACACAGUGGUGACCGAGAGGAGGAUGAUCCAUAUAUUGAAGCCUCCCAAGCUCGAAUGGUGUAUUUUGUCAAUGAUGAAGUGAAUAAAGAUUGGAGUGUUGUCGUGCAUUUGAAGCCAAGAGAUUCAUAUGAUAUGGGGGGAAAUGAAGAUGAUGAACCAUGCGAGAAUGAGCCAUGGUUAGAGCAAAACUUAGAUUCUUUAUUUGAAAAUGGUGAUAAUCUAUCAUUGUUAAGAGAUGAGGUAGAUGAUGAACUACUAGAUAAUAACAUUGGAGAAGACGAACACAUGUCAGAAUAG